AAUGGCAGGGAAAGACGGUGCUUAAUAAUUCAUUACAGGUGUGAUGAGGCCCAACCUGAACAGCCUACCUGAACAAGGAAGCAGCUCCAGGGGAAAUGAAAAGCAGCCUGGUAUGAGGAAAACGCGAAUGGUUUUGACUUGCAAAGAGAAACGCAGGUAGGGAAGCCACGCCAGUGCUGCCGGGGAUCGCACUGUGCUCACCUCCAACGGCCGCAAACAUGUUGAAGAAACUCUUCAAACUCUUGAUGCUUUUCACUGUCUUCAGUGUGGCGUGCUAUGCUGUGCUUUUGUUGUUUGUCAAAACCCACAAAGAGCACGCGAUCGAUGAGCUCACCGCGGGGACCGAGACCCUUGACGUGCAGCUGGCGGCUCUGAUCAAGAACCAAACCACAGCAGGUGACCAAGAGAAGAGCGCAGCAGGAGACACGGGUUCAAGUAACCAGCAAGCUGCCAGUAACAAAACUUUGGAACCAUGUCCCGUAGACCCUCCAGAACUUGUCGGUCCUUUGCUUGUGGAGUUUAAAACAGAACGGUCUUUGGAUGAAGUGAGGAACUUAAUCGGUUCGGAUCUCCAGUUGGGAGGACGGUACAAGCCACCGAAUUGUAUCGCCCAACAGAAGGUGGCGAUAAUCAUCCCAUUUCGAAAUCGAAAUGACCACCUGAAGCACUGGCUGUACUACCUCCAUCCCAUAUUCUUACGACAGCAGCUGGAUUACGGAGUGUAUGUCAUCAACCAGGACGGAGACGGAACGUUCAACCGUGCAAAGCUGAUGAACGUGGGCUUCGCCGAGGCACUGAAGGAGUAUGAUUACGAGUGCUUUGUCUUCUCCGACGUAGACCUGGUGCCGAUGGAUGACCGCAACCUCUACCGGUGUUUUGACAGCCCGCGACAUUUGGCCGUGGCAAUGGACAAAUUUGGUUUCCAUUUGCCCUACAACAAUUACUUUGGCGGGGUUUCUUCGAUGACCAAAGAGCAAUUCUUGAAGAUCAAUGGCUUCCCGAACAGCUACUGGGGCUGGGGCGGCGAGGACGACGACAUCUAUAAUCGAAUCUUCUUCCGUAAGAUGUCCGUUUCGCGGCCCGACUCCCAGAUGGGAAAGUACAAAAUGAUCAAACAUGAGAGAGAUGUGCACAACGAGCCCAAUCCAGUCAAUCCCGACAAAAUCAAACACACUAGUCGUACCAUGGACAAUGAUGGGUUCAAUAAGCUCACGUAUAACGUCAAGCAGAUUGUGAAGGAUGUGCUGUUCACUUUAAUCACUGUAGAUAUCAACAAUCCACCAAGCUGAAGGACGAUUAAACUUAUAUGACGACCUAUUCCCUCAAGUUUUUUUUUUGUUUUUUUAAAGUAAUCUAGGUGUGGGGUUCUAUCUUCAAGUGUGCGUGUGGUAAUGAGAAGGAAUAGUAAAAAUGUAAACUUUAUGAUGCUGUUGAAGUACAGAUGCAAUGGCCCACAAUGAUGAUGGCGUCUUGAAUGGUGGCUUGUAUUUUCAGUGCAGGUUGAGUUUGAUGUAGGAAAGCCACGGACGGGGCCUGACAGGGUUUGCAUUGCAUUCAAAUGCUUGUCUCCAGGCACCGUGUUUGUUUGUUUUUUGUACGUCUUCAUGGGGUUAUGCAACAGGUCCUUCAAGGGGUUCUGCCCCCGGGCAGGCGAUUGCCCAGGGGCCCAAAGCGGAGAGGAGCCCCUGAGAAUUGUCACAUAAUAGUCACACAUUACAGUUUUUACUUAUGACACUGAGGAACCUGGCACUUUUUGUAAAAGUUGCCUCUAUGAAAUAUUUUGAUAGACACAAUUAACAUUGACUUCAGACGAUGACGUUACAUCAAACCUUUUGACCAUUUUAGGUUGAAGUUUGAUGGUGGCAGGGAUGUACUGUUUUUUGUUUGUUUUGUAUGGAUUAGUUUACGGUUUGGAGUUUUUAUGCACUUGCAUUCAUGGCACAAUAUAAAAUGAUAAGGUGAUUGAACAGUUUAAUUUGUGAGCUGGGAAUGUUUGAAAUGAUGAAAUAAAUUGUCACUUUGGUUCAGGAAUCAGAA